GCCCGAGCCCGAGCCCCAGUCGAAGCCGGAGCCGCGGCGGCCGUGGAGCACGGGCGCCGGCGCAGUACCAUGAAGCGGCCAGGGGAUCCGGGGGUGGCUGCUCAUGUGCUGCAGGUGGAAAACAGAGCUCUCAGCUGGUGGGCAAACUGUCCGUGACCAAGCAGAGGAGCCUGAGCCCUUGUGAAGCUGGCAAUGACAAGUCUGAAUGGUCGCCAUGCCGAGAAAACCAUUGACAUGCCAAAACCAUCAGCCCCCAAAGUGCACGUGCAGAGGUCCGUGUCCCGAGACACCAUCGCCAUUCACUUCUUGGCAUCUGGGGAGGAGGAGGAGGAAGAGGAGGAGGAGUUUAGGGAAUACCUCGCCGAGGGGCUAGACGACCAAAGCAUUGUAACAGCUCUCGAAGCCAAGGAAGACCUCUAUCUUGAACCCCAGGGUGGCCAUGACCUCGCAGGCCCUGCUGCCUCGCCCAUCCUGGCAGAUGGACUGUCUGUGUCCCAGGCCCCUGCCAUUUUGCCCGUCUCUGAGAACACUGUAAAGCUGUUGGAGCCUCCUCCAGCAGCACAAGUAUUAAGUACAGUGCCAUUGGCUCUGUCCCCAGGGUCAUCCUCGUCGCGGCCCUUAGCCAGCUCUCCCAGCGUGUCAUCCCUCUCUGAGCAGAAAACCAGUUCUUCCUCCCCGUUGUCCUCUCCUUCCAAGUCCCCCGUCCUCUCAUCCAGUGCCUCAUCCUCCACCCUUUCUAGCGCAAAACCCUUUAUGAGCCUUGUGAAGUCCCUGUCUACCGAGGUGGAGCCAAAAGAAUCCCCACACCCCCCAAGGCACAGGCACUUGAUGAAGACAUUGGUCAAGUCUCUGUCCACAGAUACUUCCAGGCAGGAGUCGGAUGCCGUGUCUUAUAAGUCACCUGACUCCAAACUGAAUCUGCACCUGUUCAAGCAGUUCACCCAGCCCCGGAACACAGGUGGAGAUUCCAAAACUGCACCUUCCUCCCCACUGACCUCUCCCUCUGACACCCGCUCUUUUUUUAAAGUGCCCGAAAUGGAGGCUAAAAUUGAAGACACUAAACGCCGCCUUUCUGAAGUCAUCUAUGAGCCUUUUCAGCUCCUUAGUAAAAUUAUAGGGGAAGAAAGUGGCAGCCAUCGGCCCAAAGCCUUAUCUUCAAGUGCUUCCGAGCUCUCCAACCUGUCCGGUUUGAACGGGCACCUGGAAAGCAAUAACUACAGCAUCCAGGAGGAGGAGGGGGACUCCGAGGGCGAGGGCUAUGGAAGCGAUUCCAACAUCCCCAGGGGUGACCUCACAAAGGCCCUCGAGGAGCCCCCGAGAGAGGCUGAACCGAAAAGUUGCCAGGUGAGCAGCUUGAAGGACUUGGGCCUGAAGACGAGUUCUCUGGUCCUUGAGAAGUGCUCCUUGUCGGCCUUGGUGAGCAAAGAGGAUGAAGAGUUCUGUGAGCUGUACACCGAGGACUUUGACCUGGACACAGACAGGGACAGUAAAGUGGACAACCCCCCAGACGUCUCUGUCCAGCCAGAGGUGCUUGCGGAUGAAGGCGCGGCUCUCGACAGUGAAGAUGAGGCCGAUGCUGCCGGGCAGCACCCCGAGUUGCCAGUGAAGACGCUGGGCUUCUUUAUAAUGUGUGUCUAUGCGUACCUCAUCCUCCCCCUUCCCCACUACGUGAGCGGCCUCCUCCUGGGGGUUGGCCUAGGCUUCAUGACUGCGGUUUGCGUGAUUUGGUUUUUUACACCACCAAGUGCUCAUAAACAUCACAAGUUACGGAAGCAUCUGCAGCACUGGAACACAAGAUCUCUGGAUAUCAAAGAACCCGAAAUCCUGAAGGGAUGGAUGAAUGAGAUUUACAACUAUGAUCCCGAAACUUACCAUGCAACUUUGACACAUUCAGUGUAUGUUCGACUUGAAGGUGGAACCUUAAGACUUUCAAAGCCCAAUAAAAACAUAUCCAGGAGGGCGAGCUACAAUGAAACAAAGCCAGAGGUCACCUACGUCAGUCAGAAAAUCUAUGACCUCUCAGACAGCAAGAUUCAUCUUGUACCUAAAAGUUUGGCUCGGAAACGCAUCUGGAAUAAAAAGUACCCCAUUUGCAUUGAGCUUGGUCGACAAGAUGACUUUAUGUCAAAGGCUCAGACAGAUAAGGAAACUUCUGAAGAGAAGCCACCAGCUGAGAGAGAGCUGGCAAGUGAGGACCCUAAGAAACUACCCCAGCCUCAAGAGGGAACAAGAGCUGGCCAGCGAGAUCAGAUACUGUACCUCUUUGGGAGAACUGGCAGAGAAAAAGAGGAGUGGUUUAGGCGGUUUGUUCUGGCCUCUAAGCUGAAGUCCGAACUCAAGAAGCCACCUGGUGUCUCUGGAAGUAAACCAGGACUUCUGCCCACACACAGCAGACACAGCAGCCCCUCGGGGCACCUGACACACAGCCGCAGCAGCAGCAAGGGCAGCGUGGAGGAGAUCCUGUCACAGCCCAAGCAGAAGGAGCUGGUGGGCAGUGUGCGGCAGAAGAUGCUUCUUGACUACAGCGUGUACAUGAGCAGAUGUGUCCCCCAGGAAAACCGCAGUCCCCACAGGAGCCCCGCGCAGAGUGCGGAGAGCAGCCCCACGGCCGGGAAAAAGUUGCCAGAGGCUCCCCCCUUGGAGGAGGAAGAACAGGAAGCCUGGGUGAACGCCUUGCUUGGAAGAAUAUUUUGGGACUUCUUAGGAGAAAAAUACUGGUCUGAUCUGGUAUCUAAGAAGAUCCAAAUGAAACUCAGCAAAAUAAAGCUCCCCUACUUUAUGAACGAGCUAACUCUGACGGAACUGGACAUGGGGAUGGCCGUGCCAAAAAUCCUGCAGGCCUUUAAGCCUAAUGUUGAUCACCAAGGCCUCUGGAUCGAUUUGGAAAUGUCCUACAAUGGUUCCUUUCUGAUGACUCUCGAGACCAAAAUGAAUUUGACCAAACUAGGUAAAGAGCCUCUUGUUGAAGCCCUGAAGGUUGGAGAAAUUGGCAGAGAAGGUUGCAGGCCCAGGGCGUACUGCCUCGCCGACAGUGAUGAGGAGUCUUCCAGCGCUGGCUCCUCCGACGAAGACGAUGCCCCAGAGCCCAGCGCGGGAGACAAGCAGCUGCUCCCGGGAGCAGAAGGGUACGUCGGAGGGCAUCGAACAAGUAAGAUUAUGAGGUUUGUUGAUAAAAUUACCAAGUCGAAAUAUUUUCAAAAAGCAACGGAGACCGAGUUCAUUAAAAAGAAGAUUGAAGAGGUCUCUAAUACGCCCCUGCUGCUGACUGUUGAAGUGCAAGAAUGCCGGGGAACCUUGGCCAUCAACAUCCCGCCGCCCCCCACCGACCGAAUAUGGUACGGCUUCCGGAGGCCACCGCACGUGGAGCUCAAAGCCCGGCCGAAGCUCGGGGAGAGAGAGGUGACCCUUGUCCACGUGACGGACUGGAUAGAGAGGAAGCUGGAGCAAGAGUUUCAGAAAGUUUUUGUCAUGCCAAACAUGGACGAUGUUUAUAUCCCGAUAAUGCACUCGGCCAUGGACCCUCGUUCCACUUCCUGCCUCCUGAAAGACCUGCUUGUGGAGGCUGCUGAUCAGCCGUGAUGGGUCAAGGUCGAGUGCCCAGUAUUACGAGACCUGGCUCAAGGUGUGGGGUUCUUGGCUGCCACCUUUGCUGUGGCACUGGCCUUUUCUUGUGCUACAGCUACUGUUUCUCAAAGGAUGCUUCUGCCCUCUGCCUGCCGGUGCCCAUUCCACUGUGAGGUGUCAUUUCCCACGUCCAGUGACAGGUGUCUGGAUGGCCUGCUGCAAAGCUUGGACUUGGCAAAGACUGGAAGAGUCAUCAUGGUGGGUCCAGACAUUACAGGUGACUCACACCAUGGCUGCUUUAAGUCUGCCAGAUGUCACAGCAGCCAAUGAGCACACAAGGAGCAAAGCUCAGGACUGGAAGGCUCCUGUCCUGGGCUCCUCCUAAGCUCCCCUCAGCAGCUGGUGUGCAGUGGAACUUUUUGUCACUUGUAGGUGAUCACAACCCUCCUGGACUGCAGAGGUUGUCACGUGUGAUAGUGUGGAGGGUGAUAGUGUGGAGGGUGGGGAGUAGCAUUCUGUGAGCCAUUUCACUGGUGAUAAAGACAUAGGCAUAGCAACUUUUCCUAUUAAAUUGUGCAUUUUGGAAGCAAGUAGCCAUAGAACACACACACACACACACACACUAACAAACUAUCAGCUGGGGUGGGGACAGUGGGAUUUGUAUGUGAGCAUCAGGCAAAGCCAUGAGAUCAAGCCUUUUACCAAUGAGGUACAAUCACCUGGUUUCUAACUAAUCCUGAAUGUUUUCCUGACACCAUGAGCAUACAUGAAAAUAUCAAAACACCUGCAUAUGACUCGCUUGUUCCUCUCUUGUGGAUGGGGUGGGGCCAGAAACCUAGCUGGCAUUUCCUGGGUUCCAGGAGGCCUUACAUAGGAAUCUAAAGGCUUGUCCUUCUAGUUGGUUUGGGCUCGUUUUGCAGGCAGUUUCCUUUUCUGAUAGCCAAAACAGAGAACUGCUAAUUAUUUCAAGAGUCAAGAGCCUAAGUUUGCUCAACAUCACACACUACAUGAUCUCAAAAUGAACAUGUGACCCUUCUUCAAUGUUGCCAACUUAAUUUUGUGCAUUUGUGUCAGAAUGUUUAGUUUACAAGUUUGGGGGCUCUAUUGUAUAAUUUGCUGUUUAAAAAGUAAACUUAGUUUUUUAUUGUUUAACGCUGCAGUCAUGUCAAAAUUACCUUGGGGUAACUUUUGAUAAUUUACAUCUGUGGACAAAGCUAAUAGUGGUUUUUUAAACAGCACCUGCCUGAACAUGACUUUAAAGAAAUUAAUAUAUUGAAAAAGUAUAUUUGAACUUUUGAUUAUUUUAAUCGCACCAUUAAAACAUGACUUAAAUUAUUGGACCAUU